AUGGUCGCUACGUCCGCGAGGUCGACGGCGACAGGCAUAGCGCAGUUCCAACAGGACGUGCUCGACAACGGCCCGGAGUACACGAUGCGCAUCACCCCAGACGAGGAAGACCGCAUCGUUGAGCUCCUCGGGCCCGAGUAUCUUGACGUCGGACUCGUUGCCACCAAGGUGACGGGCCCUCCGCGCCACUGCUCCGUCUGCGGGAAGCAGACAGAGUUUGUGGACUGGGUAUUCACAGCGCUCGCGCGCGGCGUCCACUCGCCCGGAUUCAUCGUCGAGUCCCUCAAGCUGGGGAACUCUCCGAAGAAACUCGGCCACGACGUGUAA